GUAUUCACUCACAGGUGAUCUGGUUGAGGCUGUGACUCGGCCUCUUCUCUCCUCGGCCGGUGGCUGUCUGGCCGAUGUUUGUGCCCUAUAACUAUAUACUUGUUGUUUCCAGUAUUUAUCUAAUUUUGCUUCAAACUUCUCCACAUUCACUACCCACUCAGGUAAGGUGGUGUUCCAGUGGAGUGUGCAUGAAACAUGGCAACAAAAUUGCCAGUUGCAUCUGGUCUGUAUAAAUACACCAGAAUAACAGCCAACACCACCAACUAUGCCAAACGGAUGAACCGGCUCGGCAAUCAUAUCUUUGGGGAGGUUGUCCGACCAACUUCCUCUCCGUCAAUGAGAGUUGUAAAGAUGUUUAGCGAGAAGCCAUUAGACCUGCGACCAGAAAUCACGGACUACUACCCGCGUCACAACGAAACUCACCGUCUGAUGACUCUUCUCAGAAAUUACGGGUUGUAUCGUGAUGAGCAUCAGGACUUUAAUGAUGAGAUGAAGAGACUAAGAAUACUACGUGGAAAAGCCAAGCCAAAGAAGGGAGAGGGAAAACGAUCAAAGAAAUAAAUUAUGAUUCAUGAACAUAAUUGUAUAAAUAUCUUGAUAGCCAUGUAAUAAAAAAUUUAAAUACAAUAA